UGCUGGUUCAUUUCCGAGUCCCGACACGGUCGAUUUCACUCACAUUGUUACCUGAAGAGAAAAAUAUGCUGGACAUCAAUUUGUUCAGAGAGGAGAAGGGUCACAACCCUGAGAUCGUUCGUGAAUCUUUGCGGCGGCGUUACGCCAACGUCGGAGAUGUCGACGCCAUCAUCGACCUCGACAAAGUUUAUCGUCAACUGUUAUAUGAACUUGAAAAUCUGCGAAAAGAGUUCAAUAAGAUCAACAAGCAAGUCGCUCAACUUAAAAUUGCUAAGCAAGAUGCAUCAGAGAUGAUUGCAAAGACAGAGGAAGUUAAGCAGAAAAUAGGCGAGAAAGACGUUGAGGUUAAGGAUUCUUGGGAUGUUUUGAAAUCUAAAUUGGAAAAAAUCGGUAACCUUGUGCACGAUUCAGUUCCCGUCAGUGAUGACGAGGCAAAUAAUGCUGUGAUUAGAACUUGGGGUGAGAAGCGUGUGGAACCUAAGUUAAAGAAUCAUGUUGAGCUUGUCGAGCUUCUUGGGAUUGCAGAUACAAAAAAGGGUGCUGAUGUAGCAGGAGGUAGAGGUUACUACCUAAAGGGAGAUGGGGUGCGCCUCAAUCAAGCUUUGAUCAAUUUCGGGCUAGAUUUUCUGGAGAAAAGGCAGUAUACAGCUUUGCAAACACCGUUCUUCAUGAGAAAAGAGGUUAUGGCCAAGUGUGCCCAAUUGGCACAAUUUGACGAGGAACUUUACAAGGUGACUGGUGAGGGUGAGGAUAAAUAUCUUAUUGCAACUGCUGAACAACCACUUUGUUCUUACCACAUAGAUGACUGGAUCCAGCCCUCUGAGCUGCCUAAAAGAUAUGCUGGAUAUUCAUCUUGUUUCCGCAAAGAGGCUGGUUCACACGGUCGCGAUACCCUAGGAAUUUUCCGGGUUCAUCAGUUUGAGAAAGUGGAGCAGUUCUGCAUUACCAGUCCAAAUGGUAAUGACUCCUGGGACAUGCAUGAGGAAAUGAUUAAAAACUCUGAGGAUUUUUAUCAGCUGCUAAAGCUUCCUUAUCAAAUUGUGGUGAUUGUUUCUGGUGCUCUUAAUGACGCUGCUGCCAAGAAAUAUGACCUGGAAGCAUGGUUUCCUGCAUCUCAGACUUACAGAGAGCUUGUGUCAUGCUCAAACUGUACAGAUUAUCAAUCAAGGAGACUGGAAAUUAGAUAUGGGCAGAAAAAGAACAAUGAACAGGCAAAACAAUAUGUGCAUUUGUUGAACUCUACUCUUACGGCGACCGAAAGGACCUUGUGCUGCAUCCUCGAGAAUUACCAGAAGGAAGACGGUGUUGAAAUACCAGAAGUUUUACGGCCAUUCAUGGGCGGGAAGUCCUUCAUGCCUUUCAAGGCCAAACCUGCUGCUGAAGCUAAAGGGAAAAAAUCAAAGGCCUAGUUACAUCCAACUAAACCUUUGGUCACCAUUAAAGGAACAAGUGCUCAAACACUAGUUUGAUUUCUCUAAAAUUAUCGUCUACAACCAUUGUCAUCACGAUGCCAAAUCCCAACCCUGAUACUGUGACAGACAUUAUAGCCUUGAUGUUUUGAGUUGGAUUUUUUUUACAAUUUUGUCGUAGAACUGUAACUGUAAUCCAUUGCCAUAAGUUUGUUCUAGCUUUGAUAUGCAAUCUAUUUAUCUUUUUCGAGUAUUUA